AAGGCGGCCACGCGCGGAAGGCUGCGGUGCGGGCUGGAGUGCGUGUCUCUCGCGGGGGAGGGGGUGACGGCGGGGCCAGUCGAAGAGCAGCCGAGCGCCGCGCAAAGGGAUCCCAGAUCGCGCUCACGCGGGGAUUUUAAUCCGAUUCCGGCCGGCCCGGAUUUUAUCGAGAGCGGGUUUUAAGGCGGUUCUGUCUCCAGCCUCGGGAGAGGGGCAGGAUGUCCGAAGUGGAGCAGCAGGUGGCGGAUCCCGCCGACGCCACCCAGAACGGGCACGAAGCGGCCGAAGGCGCCGGGGAGCAGCAGGCCGAGAGCGGCGGAGCGGCGCCGCCGGUGGCCACCAGCCAGAACGGAGCCGAAGGCGACCAGAUCAAUGCCAGCAAGAACGAGGAGGAUGCGGGGAAAAUGUUUGUUGGUGGCCUCAGCUGGGAUACAAGCAAAAAAGACUUGAAAGACUACUUCACUAAAUUUGGUGAAGUGGCUGACUGUACAAUAAAGAUGGACCCGAACACAGGAAGAUCAAGAGGUUUUGGAUUUAUUUUGUUCAAAGAAGCUGGAAGUGUUGACAAGGUAUUGGAACAGAAAGAACACAGAUUAGAUGGGCGACUUAUUGACCCAAAAAAGGCCAUGGCAAUGAAAAAAGAUCCAGUGAAGAAAAUUUUUGUUGGUGGACUUAACCCUGAAGCCACAGAAGAGAAAAUCCGGGAAUACUUUGGAGAGUUUGGCGAGAUUGAAGCAAUUGAACUUCCAAUGGAUCCAAAGACCAACAAAAGGAGAGGCUUUGUGUUCAUCACUUUCAAGGAAGAAGAUCCAGUCAAGAAGAUCUUGGAGAAAAAAUUCCAUAAUGUUAGCGGAAGCAAGUGUGAGAUCAAGGUAGCGCAGCCGAAGGAGGUAUACCAACAGCAACAAUUCAGUAGUGGUGGAGGAAGAAGCAGCUAUGGAGGAAGAGGCAGAGGUGGAAGAGGUGCUCAAAGUCAAAUUUGGAAUCAAAGUUAUGGCAAUUACUGGACCCAGGGUUAUGGGAAUCAAGGAUACGGCUAUCAGCAAGGUUAUGGUGGCUAUGGAGGCUAUGAUUAUUCAGGAUGUGGGUAUUAUGAAUAUGGACCAGGCUAUGAUUACAGUCAAGGCAGUGCAAAUUAUGGGAAAAGUCCAAGACGUGGUGGUCAUCAGAAUAAUUACAAGCCAUAUUGAUCAAAUUUAUUCAGGUAUGCAGUGGCAUGGUCUCUUUUAGAAAAUGACUGCAUAGGUUUUGUACUCAAUGCUGUAGAUGGAUAUUACAAUUAUGUACCAAAUUUAACUUUACAAUAAAUUUCUAUGGCCUGUUAAAUGUGCAUCUUA